AUGGCGAUUUCGAAAAAAACUAUUUUGUUCAUUGGCGGUGGGUGGCACCCACCGAAAAGUUACCGCAAACUCGCCGCUGCACUUGAGGCACUCGGCUUCGAUGUCCAUGUCCCCGCCCAUCCGACUAUGAAUGAAUCACGCCCUCCAAAUGCCGACCUCAGCACCGAUACUGCUAAUAUCCGCUCUUACGCAGAGGAUCUCCUUCAAGAUGGUCGAGAAGUAAUCGCGCUUAUGCACUCGUACGGCGGACAGGUCGGCACCAACGCCCUCCACGGCCUCGGAAUCACGGAUCGUGCCAAAUCAGGACUUACCGGCGGCGUAUCGAACUUGAUUUACCUGGCAGCAUGUGCUGUCCCAGAGGGCAAGAGCAUGAUAGACAUGGUCAGACAUCACGGUCAUGAAGAGCUUAUGUCCUCGGCUUUUGACGUCGCUGAUGACAUGUCAUGCGUGUGCCGAGACCCAAAGGCGACCUUCGUUGGCGUUGACUCAGGCAUCUCCGACCAAGAAGUGGAGGAGUAUGUGUCGACCUUUGUGCGCUGGAAUGGGAACUGCAUGUACCAACCUAUAACAGCGGGUCGCGCAGCGUGGAGAGAUAUUCCUGUUACGUAUAUUUAUGCAGCGAAGGACAUGACGAUUCCACUAGUUUACCAGACGUGGUUCGUUGAAGAGAUGAAGAAACAAGGCGUGGAGGUGCAGACGGCAACUUUGGAUACAGGUCACUGCCCCAACCUGACGGCGACUACUGAGACCGCUGAACUUGUGAGGAAGAUAGCUAAGGGGGAGGUUCUGCACGGAUGAGAAACGAGACAGAGAAGCGAUGAGGACGGAUGAUACCAAAGAUGCUAGCUGGAGGUGUGGUGCUGAGAAGGAAUUAUAUUGACUGGUUACGCGUUCACGAACCGCCAUUGGAUUGGUCUUAUUGACUUACCGCACAUAUAUUCUGC